AUGUCUGGGAAGUUUGAACCAAAGCAGAAGGUCGAGCUUGACCCGCCAAAGGAUGAUCCUAUCAGCUUGGACUACCUAUCGAAAUGCGAUGGAACACAUGAAGGUUAUCCAACAUAUGUGGCCAUCAAAGGAACCGUUUUCGACGUGACUGGCAACAAAGCAUAUGAACCAGGAGCUUCAUACUCAGGUACUCUAUCCAAAAUACAUCCCAAAAGAACUGUUGCUAAUUUUUUACUACAGNUCUUUGCUGGCAAGGACGCCUCCAGAGCUCUGGCACAAUCCUCGUUGAAANAAGAGGAGUGCCGACCCGAGUGGGAAGACCUGAAACCAGAACACAAGAAAGUGCUUGACGACUGGUUUACUUUCUUCAGCAAGCGCUACAACAUCAAGGGCAAGGUUGCCACGGGUAACUCGAACUUGUGA